GAUGACGUGUAUGCGCUCACGCGUCCCGGAAGUGAAGGUGUAGCUGGAAAGAGUUUGGAAACAAACUGGCGAUCAGAUGAGUGACUGUUAAUGCUUUGACAGACGGAUUCUUUGUGGACGGCUCGGUGAUAGUGAUGAUGAUGAUGACGAAGAAUCUGCUGAGUGUGCUGAUCUUCAUCCUGACGGUGUCGGAGAGCAGCGCCCGGAUCCACCAGCUCAAACUCAAGAAUGAGACGCGGUUUCUCGUCCAUUUGAACUCGUUCGGUUAUUUCGAGAACGGCACUCUGGACGUCCGUCUCGUGUCUCUGAAUCUGCCGCAGGAGAAAAGCGACUCCAAAAGACUAGUGGGCUUUAGUUUGGCCCGGUCUCGAGUGAGCGGCAUCCUGUCCUACACGGCGGAGGAGGUGGAGGAGUGUAAGCUGACGAAGACUAAGAGUGAAGAUGAGCUCAUCCUCUUCAUCAUCGACACCAAGGAUCUCAGCGUCAAAGUGAAGCACUUCGGCAAUUCUAACAUCACGCUGGGGUCCCAACUGAAGCCGGAGAAGCCGGAUGCAGGGAAAGCGAGGACGAAAAGAGAAAAUGCAAAGGAUGACAAGCAAAAAGAUUUGAGUGUUGAUAAAACAACAAAACAGAAAGAAAGUUCACAAGAUAAGGCCAAAGUGACGCCUGCUGUCAGCAGCACCGUUACUCAGAAGGUGGAGAAUUUGGAUGGGAAGUAUCUGGAGCUUCUGCACCAUGGCGAUUCCUACAGCUUCAGCUUCCAUCUGACGAUGAGCGCAAGCUCGCAGGGCCUCUACAAUCUGGACUUCCACAACUGCCCCAACACGCCAUCCAAGGUGUUGAGUCCGUAUUCUCUCCAAGUGGAGAUCAAAGAGAAGAAUCCCAACGGUUUUCUUUCGGCAGCUGAGAUUCCACUGCCGCGACUCUACGUCUCAAUGGCGGCCAUCUUUUUCACCGCCGCAGUGGUGUGGACGUACACGCUGCUCAAGUACAGGUACAGCGUGUUUAAGAUCCACUGGCUGAUGGCGGCGCUGGCGUACACUAAAGCCGUGUCUCUUCUGUUUCACAGUAUCAACUAUCACUUCAUCAACUCUGAAGGUCAUCCUAUUGAAGGCUGGGCCGUCAUGUACUACAUCACUCACCUGCUGAAGGGGGCUCUGCUGUUCAUCACGCUGGCUCUCAUCGGCACCGGUUUUGCCUUUGUGAAAUACAUCCUGUCGGACAAAGAAAAGAAGAUCUUCAUGAUUGUCAUUCCUCUGCAGGUUCUGGCUAACGUGUCCUAUAUCAUCAUCGAGGAGACGGAGGAGGGCACGAGCGAAUACGCUCUCUGGAGGGAGAUCCUGUUCCUGGUGGAUCUCAUCUGCUGCGGAGCCGUGCUGUUCCCUGUCGUCUGGUCCAUCCGACAUCUGCAGGAGGCUUCCAACACAGAUGGCAAAGCUGCCAUGAACCUGGAGAAGUUAAAGCUCUUCAGACAUUAUUAUGUGAUGAUCGUUUGUUACAUCUACUUCACACGGAUCAUCGCGAUACUGCUGAAGCUCACUGUGCCGUUCCAGUGGCAGUGGUGUCAGGAGUUUUUAGUGGAGGUUUCUACUCUGAUCUUCUUCGUCUUGACGGGAUUCAAGUUCCGUCCGGCAUCAAAUAACCCGUAUCUACAGCUGCCUCAGGACGAGGAGGACCUGGAGAUGGAUGAAGUCGUAACAGAAUCGGGAGCGCUGGAGGGCAUCCACAAGGUGAAGAAAACGUCUAACGGCCGAGAGAGACAGAGGGAGGUUGCGUUGUGAGUGUCAUAUCAAAGAGGGCGGAGCCUGGACUCUUUAACUCCUCCCCUUCCUGAGGUUGCUGUCACGGUACCCACAGACUCACUAUGCAAGUGAAAAAGACGGAAUGGAAAAAACCCCGUGUGAGAAUAAAAUGCAGCAGACACGAUUUCCGUGAGACAAUGAGCUGAUUUUCCCAUACGGACUCGGGGACGGCAGUGACACGGACUGAAUCUCUUGCGUUGGUUUACAGUAAUAAUGUGGUCACUCUGCUCUGUCCGUCAAUUUGUUUGCUCAUUUAUUCUUUCAUUCCAAAGAUGUACAAUCAUUAUACUGGAUGUGCUCAGAUAAUUGGAUUUGUUUGAUUUUAGCCUUCUGUUAUUUCCUAAUGUCUUUAUUAUUUUAUCGAAGCAGUCUGAUGCUGUUUUUCUGAAUUGAUGCUAUUGUUUGUAUAUCAUGGUUUUUCUGUUAACAUUUGAUUCAAUGGCUGGAGGCGAUUCUGCUCUAAUAGUACCGUAAAAACGAGCGUAAAUAAAGCGCGUUGGAACAGGCGUAAAACAGGUUGGUUAGCGUGACGCUAUCACCAGUUGCGCUAAAGAUUUAAAGAACGCUCAUCUGAGUUCUUAAAAUGUUGCUUGUUUUUCCUCAGAUGGAAUGUAUUUAUGAUUUUCAGGUGUUGAUUUCUUUAAAGCAUGUCUGAUCCAUGACUGUUAAUGUUUAUAUUCUUACCUGGAUGGAGCUGAACGUUCCUGAGAGGUUCCUAGGUUAUCAGUCAUGCGACACAUCAGUAACGAUUUUUGUCUUUUGCCUCUUUGGAAAAGUUAAUAUUUUACUCAUGGCUCCAUCUUCUGUUAUUGUCCCUCCUUUAUUUAACAAUUAGAAAUGUUAAUAUGCAGUUAUAAAUGAAGGACUAACCACUGUCAUCGCAGCCGUUAAAACCAACGGUCUACACUGAAAGCGCGCGAAGCUUCCGUCAUUAAAAUGGCGUUGUCGUUUGAUCGCAGCAGUUUAGACUUGAAAACCUCUCCAGAACGUCACUCCAUUUUUUUUCCCGCUCGAUGCUUUUAAACUGGCUAAUAUUUCCACAAACUGUCAGAAGAAUAAUAUUUUCCUGCUGAACUUAUGUUGCUGGUUUAUGCUGUUAAUUGUGUUAAGGUUUUAAAUAAAUCAACUUAAGUAUC